AUGAUGUGGAUGUAUUUGUUUAUUGCUUUCUUGCAGAAUAUGGGACAAAAGAGAUGGCUGUGCUUGCUGGCAAUUUUUGCUUGUCUUCUUUCCUUUUCAUGUGGGAGAGUUCUCAAGCUGAAGGGCGAUGAUGUUCGACCUGUUUACAACCAUACGCUUGCCAUAACACUUGUGGAGUAUGCUUCUGCGGUCUAUAUGUCUGAUUUGACAGAACUCUUCAAUUGGACGUGUGAAAGAUGCAAUGGGUUGACAAAGGGUUUCGAAGUACUAGAGAUCAUAUUUGACGUUGAGCACUGCCUACAGGCAUAUGUUGGGGUGGCAAAGAAUUUGAAUGCCAUCAUUAUUGCAUUUCGAGGAACUCAAGAACACAGCAUACAAAAUUGGGUCUCAGACUUGUUCUGGAAACAACUCGAUCUAAAUUACCCUGAUAUGCCAGAUGCAAUGGUUCACCAUGGCUUUUAUAGUGCUUAUCACAAUACAACUGUACGGCCUGCGGUUCUGAGUGCAGUACAACGAGCGAAGAUAUCCUAUGGGGCGAACAUCAACAUCAUUGUAACUGGUCAUUCAAUGGGAGGAGCCAUGGCUACCUUUUGUGGGCUAGACCUAGUUGUUAAUGAAGGAGAAGAAAAUGUACAGGUUAUGACAUUUGGGCAACCUCGUGUUGGGAAUGCCGAUUUCGCAUCUUAUUACAGUCUGCUUGUGCCUAACACCUUCCGGAUCACCCAUGAACAUGAUAUGGUUCCUCAUUUGCCUCCUUACUAUUUUCAUUUCCCUCAAAAAACUUACCACCACUUCCCAACAGAGGUGUGGGUGAGAGAUCUCAGUUUUUCGAAUCUUGUUCUUCUUAGUAUGGAGCAAGUUUGCGACAACACUGGUGAAGAUCCUACGUGUAGCAGGUCGGUGGUGGGAAAUAGCAUUUCUGACCAUUUAAGGUACUUUGGGGUAGACCUCAAGUGUGAGAGUUGGAGACAAUGCACAAUAGUGAUGAGCAAUGACCAUGAGAUGGAAAGAUUCAGCAAGAAAGAUUCAAAGGGUAACUUAUUAUUGUCGCGCACAGUUCCUUCCACGGACAUAAACGGAACAAAAACAAUCGGAAGUUUGGAGAUAUUAGACGCAAAUGCAAAACUUGCAAACCCUCUGAAUAGUAAAGAGUCUUUAGCAGAAAAUGAUGUGGUUGAGUUUAUUGUCUUGUUGCAGAAUAUGGGACAAAAGAGAUGCUUCUUCUUGCUGUCAGUUUUUGCUUGUCUUCUUUUCCUCUCACAUGGAAGAGUUCUCAAUAUGAAGAGAGAUGAUGGUCGACCUGUGUACAACCAUACACUUGCCUUAACACUUGUGGAGUAUACUUCUGCGGUCUAUAUGUCGGAUUUGACAGAACUCUUCACUUGGACUUGCGAAAGAUGCAAUGGUUUGACAAAGGGCUUUCAAGUGAUAGAGAUAAUAGUUGACAUUCAGCACUGCCUACAGGGAUAUGUUGGGGUGGCGAAGGAUUUGAAUGCUAUUGUUAUUGCAUUCCGGGGAACUCAAGAACACAGCAUACAGAAUUGGGUCUCGGACUUGUUUUGGAAACAGCUCGACCUAAACUACCCUGAUAUGCCCGAUGCAAUGGUGCACCAUGGCUUUUAUAGUGCUUAUCACAAUACAACUGUACGGCCUGCGGUUCUGGGUGCAGUAAGACGAGCGAAGGAAUACUAUGGGGCGAACAUCAACAUCAUGGUGACUGGUCAUUCAAUGGGAGGAGCCAUGGCUGCCUUUUGUGGGCUAGACCUAGUUGUAAAUGAAGGAGAAGAAAACGUACAGGUUAUGACAUUUGGGCAACCUCGUGUUGGGAAUGCCGCUUUUGCAUCUUAUUACAGUUUGCUUGUGCCUAAUACCUUCCGGAUCACGCAUGACCGAGAUAUAGUUCCUCACCUGCCUCCUUACUUUUAUCUUUUCCCUCAGAAAACAUACCACCACUUCCCAACAGAGGUGUGGGUGAGAGAUCUCAGUGUUUUGAAGCUUGUUCAUUUUGGUGUGGAGAAAGUUUGUGACAAAACCGGUGAAGAUCCUACAUGCUGCAGAUCGGUGAUGGGAAGCAGCAUAUCAGACCAUUUAUGGUACUUUGGGGUGGAGAUGAUGUGUGAGACUUGGAGACAGUGCAGCAUAGUGAUGAGCCCAGAGAUUGAGAGUUACAGCAGGAAAGAUUCAAAGGGUAACGUAUUCCUGUCGCGGACAAUUCCUUCCACGAAGGUGAUUGAAACGAAAACUCUAUCCAAAACCGGAGUCUCUAGUCUAUAGGAGCUGGUUGGUUCGAGUGUGGAACGAGAAUGCUUGCUUGAAAUGGAGAGGUUGGGAGUUUCAGACUUUCAGGCGUGGAGGAGGAAGAAGGGUUCUUUGAUUCUUUGUGAUCGUGAAUGAAAGAAAGUGUACAGAUAAGAAACAAGGCUUUGUAAAUAGGUUGAUAGUAUGUGGCAAAAAGAAAACACCAAGUUAAAUCUUUAUUAAUGUAAAUCCAUGAUCACACAACUAUGUAAAUAUGUGAAUGAAUAUUCAAUUCGUAUGGAUGAUGAAUUUCUGUAUUAUAUAAUAUUCUGUCCACAUCU